GUUGGGGACACUUGGGGACAGUUGGGGACACGGUGCCAGCGGCGUGACACGAGUGCGACCCCCCCGUGCAGGGAUGGGGACAAGGAUGGGGGGCUCUUCGUCAACACCAACCGUGUGGGGACCCCCGGGGACGAGGACACGGGGGACGAGGACACGGGGGACAGCGGAGAGGACACGGGGGACAGCGACAGCCAGGAGGACACCAGUGACAGCGGAGAGGACACGGGGGACAAGGACCCCGAGGAGGAGCACCCGGAGCACCCCAGUGACAGCGAGGGCGACACAGAAGGUGACACAGAAGGUGACACCGAGGGUGACACAGAAGGUGACACCGAGGGUGACACCAAGAGUGACCCAAAGGACCCCCGUGACAAGAGCGGCGGUGACAAGGACCCGAGUGACACAGAGGGUGACACAGAGGGUGACCCGAAGGACCCCCGUGACAAGAUCGGCGGUGACAAGGACCCGAGUGACACCAAGGGUGACACCAAGGGUGACACAGAAGGUGACCCAAAGGACCCCCGUGACAAGAUCGGCCGUGACAAGGACCCAAGUGACCCCCAGGAGGACACAGAAGGUGACACCAAGGGUGACCCAAAGGACCCCCGUGACAAGAGCGGCGGUGACAAGGACCCGAGUGACCCCCAGGAGGACACAGAAGGUGACACGAAGGGUGACACAGAGAGUGACCCGAAGGACCCCCGUGACAAGAGCGGCGGUGACAAGGACCCGAGUGACCCCCAGGAGGACACGGGGGGGGCCGAGGCCACCCCCCAGCCCCGGGACAGGGGGGACACCGGGGGGGGUCCCCAAUAAAGGACAGUCGCUGGUGGCA